AUGCUCCCCUCGUUAAUUUCUCUCCUUACUAGCUCCUUGCCUGCGAACUUGUUCCAAUUCUCAAAUCCUCCGCCACUGGGUCAUCUCAUGAAGCUUGAUCGAGUCAAGACUCAUAAUGAGAUGUCAGUUGAGUUCAACAGGCCGUUGAAGGAUAGAGUUGCAAAGCUGACGGAAGAGCUCAAGGGAGCUGCAGUUGUCUACCUUGAUGUACAUGCUGCUAAACAUGGACUCAUUGCUAAUGCAAAGGGAUUAUGUGAUAAUUUUCAAAGGGACAAGCAAUGCAGUAGACCAAACCCUAGUGAUAUCUGA